AUGGCGUGCCUCCAAAAACUCAAGGAUGAUAUCCGUUUGUUGAAAGAAUUAUUCCCGAGUGAUCAUUCCCGAUUCCAAGUUAAGUCAGCUUCCGUUGAUGAAAUAUCUGUCCGUUACAUUGUAAACGAUCAGAAGAUCAAUAUUGUGGCCAAUUUCCAAGAGAAUUAUCCACGUGCGGCCCCAAUUUGGUUCAGCGAAUCAGAAGAAGCUGUAGUCUCUUCGAUCCUUGAAAAUCUGACUAAUGGCGAAGUUCAAUUCGCCAUUUUGUACCAAGUGCUUUAUUUGGUAACUCAGUUGUGUAACUACUACAAUGUGCCGUUGCCGACCGAAAUUCAUCAAAUCUCCCCGGUAUGUUGUUUGUUUCAGUAUAAAUUAUGAGUAUAGAGUGAGGACAAUAUCGAAGAGAAGGAUGAAGGAAAUGGAAGCGAUAUUGAGAGUACAGGCGACGAAGAAAUGGAGGAAGAUAUCAUGUGCGACAUGGAGGAACAAGACCCUCGCUUAAACCGUCAGGCUGAAGAAAUUGCUCCUGAGGCUCGUGACAUCUUAAAUCGUGUCACUAAUGUGCAGCGACAGCAGCACUUACAGGGAACCGCCACUGGCUCGGUCACUGCUUCGGACCGGCUAAUGAAGGAACUCAAAGAGAUCUAUCGCUCUGAGAAUUAUAAAAACGGUACGUUUCUAUAGCAUUCAUAUUAUGUGGGCUUUAGGUGUAUUCGGCAUCGAUCUUGUGAAAGACAAUCUCUAUGAAUGGAAUGUAAAGUUGUACAAAGUUGAUCCUGAUAGUCCGUUGGCUGCUGAUAUGCGCAAAUUGGAGACUACUGCGAAACAAGAUCAUAUCCUUUUUCAUUUCUUGUUCAACGAGACUUUCCCGUAAGCUUUAUUAUUGUUUAAAAAUGCUGUUUUUUUAAUUUGUACUGACUGAUCGUUUAGAUUCGAACCUCCAUUUGUUCGUUUGGUAUCACCGGGUAUUAUGAAUGGAUUUGUGCUUGGUGGGGGCGCGUUAUGCAUGGAAUUGCUAACCAAACAAGGCUGGACCAGUGCCUAUGGAGUCGAAUCUUUGAUUAUGCAAAUUGCCGCCACUUUGGUUAAAGGCAAAGCCCGGGUUUCUUUCGAUUCUAAGGUUGUAAGUGUCGAAGGUUGGCCAUUAAACUUUUUUUAGAAUUCAUACAGCUUGGCAAAAGCACAGCAGUCUUUCAAAUCACUUGUUCAAAUUCACAACAAAUCGGGUUGGUUUACUCCCCCGAAAUCAGACGGCUAA